AUGCAUUACUCUCAGAUCAUAUCGUUGUUGUGCCUCUCUGCUGUCUCGGGACUGGUAUCCGGUGCGGCAAUCGCUCUGCCGGCACUCACGGCCUCGAAUGGCACUACGGCGAAUUCAACAGCAUCAGGGACCACAGGAAAGCCUGUGUUCUUCCACUAUAUGAUUGGCGGCAUCACAGAUGCGCACUGUGAGCAAGACAUCAAGGACGCCAUGGCUCUUGGCGUGGACGCAUUCGCCUUGAACCUUGACACGGUCACUGCAUCAUGGGCCACCGGAACAGUUGCCUCACUUUUCAACUGGGCGCAAACACUUGGUUUCAAGGUAUUCUUUUCAUUUGAUAUGACUGGAUUCACCCAUCCAAACCAAUUUACGGGCUUUCUACAGUCCUACGUCACCAGUUCUGCGUAUUAUCAAUACAAUGGCCGUCCCUUGGUAUCCACAUUCAAUGGAGGGGCGAGCAGCUUCACUUUCGGGCAGUACACCGUGAGCGACGGAUAUAAAGUGGAACUGGAACAGGUGAUGGCCAAUGCGGGACAUCCCAUCUACUUUGUUCCGGCAUUCGACGAUGCCCCGGUCACAAGUUCCUUUUUCAACACUUUUCCAUGUUUAGAUGGAGCAAUGAACUGGAACUCGUGGCCUCAGAACACCCAAGGAAAUAUUGUUGUUCCAACUGCGGAUGAUCAGACUCUACUCACAGCGGCACGUGCAGCGGGAAAGACCUUCUUGAUGGGCGUUUCUCCCCUCCAAUUCAAGCAUAUCGAUUCUGGAAACAAUUGGUACCGCCGUGGCGAGCAGAAUCUUGAGUCCAGAUUCGGCCAAGUUCUGUCUAUGCAGCCAGAUUUCAUUGAACUCCAAACCUGGAAUGACGCUGGAGAGUCACAUUAUAUGGGAAAUAUCUGGCCCGAACCCAUAGCUGGGUCAGCCAUUGUAGGCUACACCAAGGACUACGACCAUACUGGAUACUGGCAAUUGCUUCCGGCCUUCUUCAAGGCUUACAAGGCGGGAGCAACGACGACCUCAACCAUGUAUCCUACCAAUGGUGCUGUGGCUCAGGGUACAUUCUGGCAUCACACUCUAUUGGCUGCUGGCACUUGUCCCGGUGACUAUUUAGGACCCCCGGGAGGCGUCAACACGGCGGAGGAUCAGGUCACUGCUGGAAUCCUCGUCGCAGCCGGUCAGACCGGGCUAAAAGCUGUAGUGACCAGUGGAAGCGCAACCCUCGGUACUCAGACCUUAAACCCUGGCUUUAAUGGGUUUUCAUUCCCGGGUAUGACGACAGGCACCGUAUCAGUGAAGGUGGUCAAUUCUGCUGGGGCGACUGUCGUCUCAGGAUCUGGACCUAUUGCUGUUGUAAACACGGCUCCACUUUGCAACUACAACUUUCAGGUAGUAGGGUUAGCUUAA